UAGUCAGUAGAUCGGUAGCUUUGCAACACUAUAGCAGACAAGAAAGGAACAAGUUUCAUACGGAUGAAUAAUGGAAUUCCAAAAAUUGUAUAAUAAUAAUACGAAUUACAAAUUGGGACCUGAUUGCGUUAAAUAUUGCAUUUGCGAGCGUAAGCGUGAAAAUGUGAUUGUUUGCAGCCGCUGCAAGCAGUCGUUUGUGGGACGCAUUUCGCAACGCUGUCCAAAACAUCCCGAAGUAACUUUUCUAAUGGACGCCCGUCAGUGCGCUUUCUGCGGUGCCCAUGCGAAUUUCUUAAAAGUCUCCGAGACUAAGCGUUAAAAGAUGAUAUUACAAAAAAACAUACAAUUCGUUGACGAAUAUUGUAAAAGUAUACCCUUCGUGCACAAAUACAUAAGCAUUAUGUAAAUGUGUCAAUAGUAAAUAAACAUGAACAUAUUGUGA